AUGUAUAGAAAAUUGGAAACGAAUAACCACAAUUUGUACAAGUGGAACAUCCGAGACACUAAAAAAUCGGAUCAUCGCCGCAAUGAGAAUAGAAGAGAAGUGCGUCAAUACUCGAAGGAAUAUCAUUGGUUUAAACGUCGUAAUACUAAUAAUAUAGACAAAGUUGUUUGGCCGCUCUCUACUCAAAAUAAUGGACAAUCAUCGGCUUUACCUACUGUUGAACAAAUUGUAGACACAAUGCUAAGCGAAAAUAAGUAUCAACAAUUUACUGGUAUGAUAGCGGCUCGUAAAAUGAUUUGUGAUCGACCUUAUAAAAAGAUUGAUGAGAGAAUAUAUCAUAGUGUUGUUCCAAUUGCUAUUAAAUUAUUGCAAGAUACUUUUAAUCCUAUAAUGCAAUUUGAAGCAGCUUGGGUACUGACUAAUAUCGCUUCUCGUAAAUCUGAACGAAUACAAAGUAUCACUUAUGAUGCGAUUCCUCACUUGAUUAUUUUAUUACAAUCCAAGUCAAUAAGUCUUGUGGAACAGGCUGCCUGGGUUCUAGCAAAAAUUGCUGAAUAUAGCUCUGCGGCUCGAGAUAAGAUUAUCAAUUGUAACGUCGUACCGUGCAUUACAAAAAUAAUCCACAAUAUUAUCCCGUUUUCCGUGUUACGUAUUAUUGUUUGGCUAAUGAUCAAUUUGUGUGAUAAUAAGAACUCACCGCCGGCAUUUGAUCAAAUUCAACUUUUAAUACCAGUGUUAUCAGAUUUUCUGUGCGUCAAUGAUAUAUCAGUUGCGGCUAAUGCUUGUUGGGCCUUAUCAUACGUUACAAAUGUUGACAAUAAUAGGAUUCAAGUUGUUGUUGAAGCUGGUGUCGUGCCACGCCUAAUCAUAAUGUUGGGCUCUGAGGUACCUCAUAUUAUUGCACCUGCACUACGCACUGUUAGCAACAUAGUUUGUAGUGGCACUGACUACCAAAUCGAUAAAGUAAUUGAAGCGAAAGGAUUACAAAAGUUGGCUGUUUUGUUAAGACAUAAUAAUAACAACAUCGUGUUGGAAGCAGCCUAUGCUAUUGGGCAUAUAACUGCCGGCAAUCAGAAACAUAUUCAAGCAGUUUUAGAUUCCAAUUUGCUCACCAACAUCAGUUAUGUUUUAAAGAAAGGUGAUUUUAGAUCCAAAAAAGAAGCUAUAUGGACUGUUACGAAUAUAACAACAAAUGAAUCAAUAGAUCAAGUUAGAGAUUUGUGGGAGAAGUAUGAUUUGCUUAAACCAUUUUCUGGUUUACUCAAUGCAAACAAUGAUUUCGUUGUUAAGAUCGUACUUACUGGGAUUAGUAAUUGUUUUGGAUUAGCUAAAAGAACCGGCAACUUACACAAUCUGUGUGUUAUUUUUGAAAAAAUUGGAGGUUUAAGAAAAUUACAAGGUUUGCAGUAUCAUAAAAAUAAAGAUGUGUACAGAAAGGCCUGUGCACUUAUUGGCGCCUACUUCACCAAUACUGAACAAUCUGAAAGUAAGUUUACACCAUAA